AUGACCAACAUCCCGGCCAACGUCUCAGCAACUGGAGUGCACUGGCCUACUGCGCAGACGACGAGCCUCCAAAAUGUCGUCUUCAAGAUGUCUGCGGCCAACGGUACACAACACCAAGGACUAUUCGUCGAAGAGGGCUCCGGAGGCUUCAUGACCGAUCUUGUCUUCGAGGGUGGGAACUACGGUUUCAAUGUUGGUAAUCAGCAGUUCACUACGCGCAACUUGACUUUCAACAAUGUUGUCACGGCCAUCAACCAGUUAUGGGAUUGGGGAUGGACGUAUUCUGGUGUUAAAAUCAACAACUGCCAAGUCGGUCUGAACAUCUCGGCAGGAGGUCCGUCGGCCGUCAAUGUUGGGUCCAUUACCCUGUUCGACAGCGAGAUUAGUAACACACCCAUCGGUAUUGUCACCGCCAGGACUGACAACUCCGAGCCUGCUGCAGCAGGAAGUUUGUAUCUGGAGAACGUCAAGCUAAACAACGUUGGUAUUGCUGUUGCGGGGCCUAACUCAACCUACCUUCAAGGUACAGCUGGCUCAACAGUUAUCGCUGCUUGGGCUGACGGCCAUCGCUACCUACCUGAGGGUCCUGUCGAGGCACGAGGCCCUAUUGAACCCAGUAAGAGACCAGCUGAAUUGCUUGACGCCACAGGAAGGUACUACACGCGUUCAAAGCCGCAGUACGACUCAGCUCCACUGUCGUCGUUCCUCAGUGCUCGAGAGCUUGGCGCUGCUGGUGACGGUACGACUGAUGAUACUGCUGCACUCAAUGCUGCAUUACUGCAGGCUCAGAAAGAAAACAAAAUCCUCUUCGUCGACGCCGGUUUCUACAAAGUUACCGGGACCAUUUAUGUUCCCCCAGGCUCCAAGAUUGUCGGCGAGGCCCUAGCGUCCGUCAUUCUUUCAGCGGGCGAGUACUUUAACGACAUCAACAACCCUCAACCCGUGGUACGUGUCGCACAGCCAGGCGAGCAAGGCUCGAUCGAAUGGUCCGACAUGUUCGUCAGUACACAAGGACAGCAAAAGGGCGCAAUCCUUAUUGAAUACAAUCUCGCUACUUACGAUUCAACUCCAGCUGGUAUGUGGGACGUCCACACACGCAUUGGUGGCUUCGCUGGCUCCAACCUGCAAACAGAACAAUGCGAGAAGACCCCUAAUACUGUUGUUACGUCCGCGAACUUGGUCCAAGACUGCAUAGCUGCAUACAUGUCUAUCCACGUCACCAAGUUUGGCACCGGCCUCUACCUAGAGAAUAACUGGCUCUGGGUCGCCGAUCACGACCUGGACGACGCGAGUAAUAACAAUACACAGAUUACCAUCUACGCAGGCCGAGGUCUGCAUAUUGAGAGUCAGCGCGGUCAGCUAUGGCUCUGGGGUACCGCCGUCGAACAUCACGCCCUCUACGAAUACCAGUUCGUCGACACACGUAACGUAUUCAUGGGCCUGAUCCAGACCGAAACAGCUUACUACCAACCGAACCCCGACGCUACUAUUCCCUUCCCUCCUAACCCAGCGCUGAACGAUCCCAUUUUCGCUCCCUUCAUCAAUGGCACGAGUAACUCUACUGCCAGCACCGCGAGCGGAUGGGGUCUACGAAUAUUGCGCAGCAACAACAUCCUCGGGUACGGCGUGGGCCUGUACAGUUUCUUCGACAACUACAGCACCGCAUGCUCAGCUAAGGGCGCCGGUGCUGUGUGCCAAACGAGGAUCCUGAGCGUCGAGGGUGAUGAGCUAAGCUACGAUAUCAACCUUUACAACCUCAAUACUGUAGGUGCGACGAAAAUGAUUACGAGAGACGGAGUGGAUCUCGCAAGCAAUGAGGACAACGACAGUACGUUUGUGGAUACGAUCAAUUUAUUCCGGAUCGAUGCGUUCGGGUCGUGA